AUGGGGGGCCAAACAUCUCAACCUUUGAAGGUGACUGGAAGUGUGCUUCGAAAAGCGGGAGAACCUUUGAACACACUUGGCUACCAGAAAGUUCACGAGAAGGCGGUGUUCCCCACAGGAUCCAAACCCGUCCGUGUGACGGUGUGCCGUUGCUGGCAGUCGCUGCGCUUCCCGUUGUGCGACAACAC